UAUGACGUCGUUGAAGGAAAUCUGUGUCCCGACACCCCUUGACGUUGAAUCGGAAUGGUUUAACCAGGAAGCUGAUCCAACUAUUGGUAAGCGUAAACAAACUUGUCAUUUCUCGGCUCCUGUACGGCAACUGCGACCAGUCGCCAAACGCAACACUUUUCUCCCCGAACCGCUCGUUCUUUUAACCGUCGUAUGAACCCGGAAGAGGACGUCUAAAGUCGGACAGAUUUCUCAAAAAGCCAAGAAAAACCAUGUCUGAUUCCAUUCUGCUUCUCCUCAUCGUCGUCCUCCUGGUGUGUUUGCUGGUGACACUGGUGGGCUUCCUGGUGUAUUCCGGCCUGCUGGCGGAGGUGGUGAUAAAGACCGGGCCGCCUCCGGUUCCAAAUGUCACCAUUGCUUACAAGUUCAAAGAGGGACCGUACAACGAGAGCGGGGCGGCUUUCGCCGAGCCUUGCAGCAUCGGACCCAAGCAGAGAACCAUCACUAUCUACUACGAUGACCCCAAGCAGAUUCAAACACACCAUGCAGAAAAAAACAAAAUGUCUUGUCCUGGAGUGCUCCUGAUAUUUACAUUAUUUUGUCUCCUGGCGGCCGUUGGGAAAUCCUUAUCGCUGGUUCAAUUUCGCCAUUGGAGCUGUCUUGUGAAUUAUCAAUGAGCCCCGGCCCGGAUGUGACGUCACGCACGGGAACAUCGGAGUAACGGCGGCCGGUGACGUGCCGAUGUUGCGGUGGGCAUCCCUCAUGACCGAGGGCCCUGGUCUGUGUGGUUCUUCAAGAGGACAACGCUGAAGUUCACAAUGCUGGCUUGACCGAGGACUUCUUCAGGGAGAAGAACAACUCUUUUGGACCAUCCCGCAUCUUCCCUUGAUUGACAUCCCAUAAAAAUGUCCAUCAGUUCUAGACAGUUGAUGCCCUUGGUGAAGCCAUCUUCACCACUUGGAAACACUGGCAUCAAGCAUCCUCAAAGCCAUCUUUGAAGUGAUGAACAAGAACGGACUGUGGAUGUAAGCAGGGGACACUAGGACCACACGGAGACAACAAAGCGAUGGUCCUCCCUUCUUCCUGCCUCCUUUUCCAUCUCUGCAGCCUGUGAGCGGAAGGAGGAGGAGAGAAGUGACGGGAGAGGGGAGGAGGGGGGGAUGAGAGAGGAGAGCAUCUUUUCUACGGAACCACGCCACAGCUGGAGUCGUUCAGGAUGCACAAAGCAGAGCCUGGGCCGGGAAGCCCUUCGACGGCGCCCGUGAUGCUACGUGAUGCUACAUGAUGCUACAUGACGCUACGGGACUGCUUCGCAUCGCCGGUGGGAGAUGCACCACAAUUUCAUCCUCCACCCAAACCCGAAGCAGCAGCAAAUAUUCUUAUUCAGGGACGGUGGCAUCGGACGGCAGACAUGAGGACAUCGUUUAAAAACCUCCCGACCCUCAGGCCACCUCCGUAACCGCAGGGCAGCCUCUGACCUCAUUUCCACGCCGCUGUCCUCCAGUCGUACUUCCUGGCAGUGAAGGAUGGGUGAUGGGCCGGUGACGGAUCCUGCCUGCCCGCCUCAUCGCACCCUCCAAUGGAGCCCGCGUGGAACUCCUCCCACCCGCUUCCGCCGCUCCCGUUCAACGCGUCUACCUCGGCCGUGGCUGAGGCUUGGCCUCCGUCGCAGUGGCUAGCCCUCGCGGCGAUGCUGCUCAUGGAUCUACUGGCCGUGGUGGGCAACGUGGCCAUCAUGGCGGUCAUCGCUAAGGUCCCGCAGCUCCACAAGUUUGCCUUCGUCUUCCACCUCUGCUUGGUGGACCUUCUGGCGGCCUUGGUGCUGAUGCCCCUGGGUAUGCUCUCCAGCAGGACCUUCUUAGGAGAGGCGCUGUGUCGGAGUUACCUCUUCCUCAGCGUGUGCCUGGUCAGCGCCGCCAUUCUCUCCAUUUCGGUCAUCAACGUGGAGCGCUACUAUUACAUCAUACACCCCAUGCGAUACGAGGUGAAGAUGACCGUGGGCUUGGUUGCGUCGGUUCUGGUCGGAAUAUGGGUCAAAGCUUUGGCGAUGUCCGCUUUGCCGCUGCUAGCUUGGCUACUGCAAGGUGCAAGAGCUCCUCUUUUGGGGGGGGGUAACGGAGGAAACGGGGCGGUUCCAUCUCCUGCGGGAGCUCAGGGUCACCGGCGUUGCUCGUUGCACUGGACAGGAAGCGGCUCCAACCGUUUGGCGUUCAUGGUCCUCUUCACGCUACUGUACUUCCUGUGUCCUCUUCUGGUUAUUUUUAUCGUGUACUGCAACAUGUUCAAAGUGGCGCGCGUCGCCGCCAUGCACCGCGGGCCUCUACCCACUUGGACGGAGACGCCUCGCCGCCAGCGAUCAGAGUCGCUCAGCAGUCGUUCCACGAUGGUUACCAGUUCCGGUUCCGGCACCGGAAGAGAGACGCCGCAGCGGCCUUUUGGAGGCGGGAAAGCGGCGGCGGUGUUGGCUGCUGUCGGCGGUCAGUUCCUGUGCUGCUGGCUGCCAUACUUCUCGUUCCAUUUGUACUCCGCUCUGGCCGCAAGCCCGCCUGCCGCGCUGGCGUCUCUGGAGGAGGCGGUCACCUGGAUGGGAUACUUCUGCUUCACGUCCAACCCUUUCUUCUACGGAUGUCUCAACAGACAGAUCCGGGAAGAGCUGGGAAAACAUCUGCCUUGUUUGUUCCGCGGAGCCGCAUUGGAAGUGGAGGACAGGCUUCCCAGUCGGGAAGGCUCCAUCGAGGAGAAUUUUCUCCAGUUUCUUCAGGGCACCGGUUGCAACCUGGAACCUCAGAACUCGCACAGCACCUCCAGUCCGAAAGGGGAAGCAUGCCGGCUCCUCACUCAGUCCCAGGCGCCGGAGGCGGCACAGCCUCUGCCUGUUGAUUUCCGCAUUCCGGGACAAAUCGCCGAGGAGACCUACGACUUUAUUGAGACGGAUCCGGCAAAAAAUAACCACACACGUACUGACGCAUAAGUCGUUUUUUUUUUUUUUUUUUAACGAAUGUUUGACAUCUUUAAAAUCCCAUCAGGGUGACGACCUCAUACAUCCAUAUUAUGACCGCAUGCACGAUUUAAUGAGAUCCAAUAAGAUAGGGGUUGUCCAAAGUGCGGCCCACAAGCCCUUCCUGUCAACCGUGUAUUAAAUUAGCUAUAAAAUACACUAAAAACAAUAAGUCAGGGGUCUCAAACUCAAUUUACUUGGGGGCCACUGGAGCUAGGGUCUGGGUGAGACUGGGCCGCAUCAGGUUUUCCAAAAAAAAAAAAAAAACGCAUUUAUUAAAAACAUAAAAAUUAAUAAUUUUUAGAGCAUUAUUAGAGCCCUGUAGACAUGACAAAGCACGACUAUAGUCACAUUUAUACUCUUUUUAUUUACAACAUAUUGCACAACUGCAGGGUCUUGAGACACAUGCUAACUCGCAAACUAGAGAGCUAGCCACCUAAACGGUAGCCUUCAAGUUAUUUCCUUUCAACUUAAAUAGCCAAAAACUUACCACUUCCACACGGAUAGGGAGGAUAACUAUUAACAGUUAUUUAACCUUUAACAUGAACAUGAAUCAAACGUAAUCAUUUUUUCUGGGUACAUGAUACCAUACAGCAUCCAUAUCAAACUAACAUUAAACUUUCAUAUCAAAGCGGGGGGCCUCAAACUAGUGUCCUGCGGGCCACAUUUGGCCCGCGGGCCGCGUGUUUAUCGAUCGAUUUUAAUUUCCAAAAAUGGUAAAAUGAACCUCAAAAGAAUCAUAUUCAUAAAUUGAAUGUUCUUUUGUUAGCUGGCUAUUACUGAGAGCUAUAGAACAUAUCUCUUAAAGGACCAGGGUUCGACUCCACCCUCGGCCAUCUCUGUGUGGAGUUUGCAUGUUUUCUCCGGGUACUCCGGUUUCCUCCCACAUUCCAAAAACAUGCUAGGUUAAUUAGCGACUCCAAAUUGUCCAUAGGUAUGAAUGUGAGUGUGAAUGGUUGUUUGUCUAUAUGUGCCCUGUGAUUGGCUGGCCACCAGUCCAGGGUGUACCCCGCCUCUCGCCCAAAGACAACUGGGAUAGGCUCCAGCACCCCCUGCAACCCUCAUGAGGAUAAGUGGUAGAAAAUGAAUGAAUAAAUGAGUUCUCCUAUUUUGUGUGGAAGUGGUAACUUUUUGGUUUCUUAU